UCCGUCCUGCCUUGAAAUGUCUUUCAUGCUGAAGUCCGUUUGGGAGGCUUUCUCAUAUCAAGUCUCAAAUGUGUUCCGCCAUGCAGAAGAUUCAUACCACAAGAACAGGACUAUGGCAAGCCUCAUCAAUCAAGUCUUAUUCUUCAUGCUGUGUGAUUGCUGCUUUUGUCCUGAAGACAGACUAACAGGCUUGUACUGCCUUUUGUUCUUUAAUGUUACUGGGUACCUAGUUGGUUAUGCCAGUAAACUUUUGAGUUUACAUGACUAUACCCCCAUUGUAAGAGUUUCAGAACAGUCAGGUGUACGGCAUUUGGCUUUGACUGCUACAAAAGUUGUUCUAGAUCUUGCCAAAGUUGUCACUUUUGCCAUUACUGCUGUCUUUAUGCUACUUGUUUUCGGGUUGGAACAGGGUCUAGAACAUUUUAAUCCAACCUGGUCUUAUCUUCUGCUUACUUCUACAUAUUACAUCAUGACGGAACCAGCCUGCCAAAGCAAGAUACCUGGAAUCCUUUCCAAAUUGCAACUAGACGCAUUUGAGAAUAUGGAACUUUUAUGGUGUCCUGUGCUGUCAAGAAUGUUAUCAUCCCUUUUUACUGUGCUUUUAAUCGUAAUUGUGUGGUUUGGAACAGAUGGUGGCUGGUUGCUUAUAUUUUCUUCAGCUUACAUUAAUGUUCAUCUCUGCUUGAAAGAGCUUGGUGAUCACUGGAAUGUGCUGAUGUCCGAAAAAUGUAUUUUGGACAAAUAUAGAUAUGCAACAAAAGAUGAACUAGGUGAACGUGAUGAUGUUUGUGCUGUAUGCCUUCAAUCAAUGCGCAAAGCUCGUAUCACUCCUUGCCAUCACAUGUUUCAUGGAGACUGCUUACGAAAGUGCCUCAAACAGCAAACUACCUGCCCGCUUUGCAAGCAAAAUUUGUGAUUUUCUACUGAAGUUUAGGCGCUAUGAGAAAGAUAAUGCUUUUAUGUCAUCAAAAAUCAUGAUUCUGAGAUACUAUUUUCAUAGCUUUCCUCAGAAUUUCAUACUAGGAGCCCAUUUAAAAUUAAUAAAUGUUAUUGUAUCUGACUCUCUUUCUAUCUAUGUCAUUGCUACUCCUGGUGAACAACAGAAAACUGAGCAUCAAACCAAGUAUUGGCAGAUUCCUAAUUUUCCUGACUACAUGUUUAGCUAUGUGGCAUAGCUGUGUGACUUUAAUAGCAAAGAUAUUAAUUAAAAGCAAUUAAAAACUUUCUUCUGAAACCUUUUUCGACUGAAACCGAUUUUCUAGUAUAAUAUUGACGUGCCCACUAUAAUUUAUAUUUUCAUAUAAAUGUAACCAUCGGCAAGAAUUUUUUAAAUAAAUAGCAGUUUAUGCUGGUUUUUGUUAUUGAUUUAAGGACAUCUUCCACAAGCAGUUGUGAUAUUCCUAUGUAAUUCAUUGCUGUUUAUGGAAGUAAUGGUAUUUUUCCAUAUAGAAGUAUGGAAAUUAAAAGUGUUAAUUUCUAAUCAGAAUAACUUAAACUCUAAUAUGUUUAGUUGGGGACAGGUUUUUGUUCAUAUUUAAUUAAAAUUUAUUUAAAUAAACUCAAUAUUUUGUUAUUAUAUUCAUAAAUAUCAUGAAAAAGCUCUUUUGGAAUUUUAUUUGUUAUUUUAAACUAAUUAUGACUCCUUAGCUGUACGUUAAAGCAAAGUUUAGAAAAGAUAUUAAUAAUUUCUUUUUUGAGAAAAUCUACAUUAACAAAGCUCUAUCUAAUAGCUUCCAAUAUUUUGAAAAUAAUUAAUUAAUCAUGUCCUUUAAGCUUUUAACUUAGUUUCACCUAAAACUAUAAUUUUAUCGUUAAAAAGUUUACAAGAAGAAAAGUUCUAAUUUUGGCUUUUGUAUAUAAACUUUGCAAAUAAUAUAUUUCAUGUAAUUUUUUGCUUUAUAGCAGUUUAUAUGAAGCUAUAAACAUGCCAUACAUUUUUUUGUGCACAUGGUAUGAAGUGUAGCCUUAUGUAAGUAUAGAUGGCUGAUUGAUAAAUUUAACUCUUAAUUUUUGUAUCAGAGUUAGAAGUUUGCAAAUCAGUGCGUAACAAUUUGUCUUUUUUUUGUGUUAAAAUUCUUGUUAAUUGGUUUUAAAAUAUCCAUAUGCAUGUUCGUUUUAAUGUAAUGUAUGUUAAUGGUGUUAUAGCACCAUAACUUGCAUAUUUUAACAGCAAAUGCAUUGGGAUUUAGUUCAAUAGUUAUUAUUUCAGAAUUUAAAUAUUUUAUUUAUAUCACACACACAUUAUGCAAAUAACUUUAAUGUAUUCUUAAGUUGAUUUUUCUUUCUUUAAAAAUAAAUAAUGAUGGCAUUGCAUAUUUUUGAAACACAUUGCAAAAACUUCUAGAUAUUAAGAUUUGUUAUUCUAUAUUGUUGAAUAACACGCCAUUAACCAUGCUAGAGCUUUCUCUAGUGUAAUUAUCAUGCAUCGCUCAUUUGAAGAAGUUUUAAAUAUUUAUCAUGCGGAAGUCACUCAAGGGAUUGUUUCAUUGUGAUAUGUAUGCUGUUUUGUUUCAAUAAAUUUAUC